AUCGAAUUUUAAUUUCACAAUCUAGGGUUUAUCGUUUUCCCUCUUCUCUACUCUCUAUGAAAUGAAGCAACCAAUCUGGUUCACUGCUUGCUUACUCUUCUCACUGCUCUAGCCGCCGCCUCGUGACCUCGUCGGUGAGUAGACUGGGUGCGGUGGUUCCGUGGUUGUGACCGACGGGUCCGACGGCCUGCUGCCAGCCUGCGACUCUGCGAGUUCUCUUUUGACUCUCUAAGGUUGCAAGAAAUAUAUUCCGCAUUUUAAGAGUUGAUGGGUGCUCAAAGUUUGCUUACAAGACUUUCAACAAGUGCUUUUGUGCCAUCUUUCAAGGACUUUCAAGGCUCGUUGUCUGAUACAGCAAUCCCUUGUUUUCUUCUACCAACCAAAUGGAGUUCUAUGCCAGCCGAUCAAAAAUAUGGUUUAUCAACUUGUAGAAUUAGGACUAGUAGAAGACAAUUCUUAUGUUCAGUCAGCUCCCGUAAAGUAGAAGAUACUUCUGACAAUUUAGCACAAUGCAGUUCGAAGCCUAGCAGGAAAAGGUUGGCAGUUUUUGUGUCCGGUGGAGGUUCUAAUUUCAAGGCAAUUCAUGAAGCAACACUCAAUGGAUCAGUACUUGGAGAUGUAGUUGUGUUGGUUACCAACAAAGAAGGCUGCGGAGGUGCAGCCUAUGCAAAAGAAAAUGGUAUUCCAGUUGUUUUGUUUCCAAGAACAAAAGAAGAAUCACAGCAAUUCUUAUCCAGUGACCUUGUAACUACUCUUAGGGAACUUGAAGUGGACUUCAUACUUCUUGCUGGAUAUUUAAAGCUUAUACCAGUUGAAUUAGUUCAACAUUUUCCUAAGCGUAUACUAAAUAUACAUCCUUCACUUCUACCAGCUUUUGGUGGCAAAGGCUAUUAUGGGCUCACGGUUCAUAAAGCAGUUAUUGCUUCUGGAGCAAGAUACUCUGGUCCCACUAUCCAUUUUGUUGACGAGGAAUAUGACACUGGCCGGAUCCUUGCCCAACGAGUUGUGCCUGUGUGUGCUUUUGACACUCCAGAGGAGUUGGCAGCUCGGGUUCUGCAUGAGGAGCAUCUAUUAUAUGUGGACGUAGUUGCAGCAGUAUGUGAAGACCGGAUAAUUUGGAGGGAUGAUGGUGUUCCACUUAUCCAAAGUAAAGAAGAUCCACAGCAAUACAAUUAGGUUAGCUUUUGGCUGUGUAGGAGAUCAACCUCAGGGCAGAUCACAUAUUGCUCUAUAAAAAUGAGCCUUUCUUAUUUUUUCAGGCACAUUCAGAGACUGACAAAAUUUUGGCACUAGACUAUGGUAUUGGACUAUUGGUGCCCUUCUAUAUCAGGAUAGAGCUUCUAGGAUUCGAUAUAGAAAUUUCUAUUACUGACCAAAUGAGAAUUGUACCAAUAAGAUUAUGUAUACCUGGUAUCACCUAUCAUUAAUGUAUCUUGAAGCUGUAUUAUUCCAA